AUGCCUUCGACUGAAUACGUGGAUAUUUUACGGGAACAGGAGGAACUCGGACGUUGGAUCCAACGGUUUUGGACUAACCUUUGUAAAUUGGGUAGGGAAAAAAUUACGCGGGCAGUUUUGGAACAGCGUAGAGGUCUCCUUGAGCGAUAUUGGGAUGCGUUUUUAAAUGGUCACCGUCAACUGUUGCGAUUCAAAGAAGCCGAGGACAGUGCUUACGUAGACCAAGACCGCUUUUCUACCAUCGAAGAAGCUUAUCUUCAGGUCGCGGCUCAGAUGGCGCAGUACCAAGAGGACCUCGCGAAUGCGGGUCCCUCGCGUGGAGUACAAGCGCCUCCAGACCCGCCGGCAAAGCCGCAAUUGCCAAAGAUACAAUUACCUACCUUCUCGGGAGACCCCCUGCAGUGGGAGAGUUUCCGAGAUCUUUUCCGGAGCCUCGUUCACAGCGUUCCCAAUCUUCCAGAUGUACAGAAAUUGCUGUACCUGAAGACGGCCUUGACCGGGGAAGCGGCGGAGGUCAUCCAAAAUACGCCAAUCACCGAUGCUGGAUACCAAGGAGCCUGGGAGGAUCUGGAGCAGCGGUACGGGAAUUUGCGUCUUCUGUCUUUCUCGCACCACCGGGCUCUUCUCUCCUGCCCUCCCGCGCAACAGCAGUCUGCCGCGGAAUUGAAAAGGCUGUUAGAUACAUUCAGACAAUCGAUCAGGGCGUACACGGCGCUAAACAAACCGGUACCUCAAUGGGAUGAGUGGUUUGUUUAUUUCUUAAGCCAAAAAUUGGACAAAACCACCCACCUGGCCUGGGAAACCUCUCUUGCUGAUAGUCGUGACAUCCCGUCGUUCCGACAGCUUUCUCUUUUCCUAGAAAAUCGCAUCCAAGCGCUGGAUGCUGCUCAGGCGGCCGACCCCGUGUUGCAUCCCGCAACAACCAAAGGUGCCCUGGCUAAAACAAAAAAGGAGGCGUCUGUAAAACGGUCUAAUGUCGCAGUCUUAGCUGCAUCGGCUAAGAGUCCCGCCCCUCGUAAGUGCCCCUCGUGUGCAGGAAAUCAUAACUUUGCUUAUUGUUCUAAGCUAAAGGCGCUCCCACCACGGCGCCGGAAGGAGCGAGCGCAACAACUACAGGCGUGUUUUAACUGCUUGACUGUUGGCCACGACUCGAACAAGUGCCCAUCCAGCCAAGUCUGCUUAGCGUGCGGCAACAAGCACCACACGCUCCUCCAUGAUGCGAUGGCGAGUCCCGCUAAGAGUGCACCCACGGCCAAAGGAGACGCUCCAACAUCUCCACCGCCAGCGGUUUUUUCCGACAUCGAAGAAAAAAACGUAGCUGCCUCCUUCGCCUGUUCAGCUACCACUCGACCCGCCGCGCUCUUAGCAACGGCCAAGGUGAGGGUGGAGGCACCAUCAGGGGAACACCUAGAGGUCAGAGCCCUGCUAGACACCGGUUCGGACACGUCGCUGGUAUCGGGUUGGGUAGCUCAAGCGCUCCGUUUGCCACGGCGGGCGGUUAGCGUCGCCAUCUCAGGAGUACAGGAGAAUGAGAGUGGACUGGCGAAAAGCGAAGUUUCCUUUUCUUUGCGCUCUCGUCUGGACCCCAGCUUUCACUUGUCGGUUCGUGCGUUGGUGCUGCGGAAACUGACGGCGUUGCUCCCAGCUCGAGCAGUGCAACCACAGUCUUGGCCGCACCUUCAAGGAGUGAUUCUCGCCGAUCCUGAAUAUGGAGUACCCUCUCGUGUUGACUUGAUCCUAGGAGCUGAUAUUUGUGGAGUUUUGUUACAGGACGAGUCGAGGGUUGGACCGAUGGGUACCCCAACGGCGCGGCGUACGCCUCUUGGGUGGGUACUGAUGGGCCCUGUCUCUGAUGCCAAAGGACCUAGCAGCAAGGCAGUCGUCCACAGCCUUCAUUGCCAAACGGACGACUCAACGAAUAGGCUGCUUCGGCGCUUUUGGGAGCUCGAGGAGCUACACGAACAGCCCCCGUUAUCACCCGAGGACCGAGAAUGUGAGCGGCACUUUCGAGAGACGCACUAUCGGGACGAAACAGGCCGCUACUCGGUGCACCUACCUUUCAAAUUGGAUCCAAGCCUCGCCCUGAAGCCCAGCAGAUCGACGGCGCUAAAGCUGCUGCUCAGCUGUGAGCGCAAGUUGGCGUCCAACGAAGCCUGGCGAGACAAGUACUCGCAGUUCAUGGACGAGUACGCGGCCUUGAAUCACAUGGAGGCGGUACCGGAAUCUGCGGUUCAGGAUCCAGCCUACUAUCUACCGCACCAUGCUGUGGCGAAGCGAUACGACCCUACUGGCAAAAUCAGGGUCGUCUUCAAUGCCUCCUUUCGCACCGCCACGGGAUCCUCUCUCAACGACUGCCUGCUGUCUGGACCGAAACUACAGUCAGACCUCUGGAUGAUUUUAACACGAUGGCGCCUUUUUCGAGUAGUAUUUACCUCGGAUAUUGUUAAAAUGUUUCGGCAGAUUCGAGUAGACCCGGUGGACGCGGACUGGACCAGGAUACUUUGGCGCUCCAGACCCGAUCAACCUGUACAGGACUUCAGGCUCAAGACCGUCACCUAUGGCACAGCCUGCGCGCCCUUCCUUGCGCUGCGGGUGUUGGUCCAACUAGCGGCAGACGAAGAGGAGCGUUUUCCGCUGGGAGCGGUCGCAAUUCGUCGGCAUUCGUAUGUGGAUGAUAUCCUUGCCGGAGCCGACGACGAGGAAGCAGCUCUGGAAUUACGACGACAGGUCAUCUCCAUCCUGCAAUCGGGAGGCUUCGAUCUGAGUAAAUGGGCAUCGAAUAAGCCGAGCUUACAGGAAGCGGAAGAAAGUCAAGCCUGCGUGUUCCAGGACCACACUGGAGUCAGUACCUUGGGAGUCGUCUGGAGGCCAACCACGGACACCUUCUCCUUGCGUGUCCUUCCACCCCUCAAAGAGCCCUCCUGA